UGCGGGCGCCGCCUCCUCGGCGGCAACGUGGCGGCGGCGCCGGUGCCGGGGCUGGGUCACUCGAUGGACCGCGCGCAGCGGGCGCACAUGGAGCGGGCGCUGGGGGUGACCACCACGGUGCUCUUCGUCGCCAGCGUGUCCUACAUCGCGCUCACCGCGCUCUACGCCUGCUUCUGCGACGGCGGCCGGCGGGGGCGGGACGACGACGGCGGCGGUGGCGGUGGCGCUGCGCGCGGGUCGUCGUCGUCGUCAUCCGAGGAGACCAAGCGCGCGCUCGAGGGGAUCCCGGUGCACGUGGUGCGGCUGGUGCUCGACGGCGACGACGCUGGUGAUGAGGGGAAGACGUUGUCGAGGGAGGAGGAGGAGGAGGUGGACAAGGAGGCCGGCGGCGCCGACUGCGCGGUGUGCCUUGCGGAGUACGCCGCCGGGGACGAGGUGCGCGUGCUGCCGGCGUGCCGGCACGGGUUCCACCGGGAGUGCGUCGACCGGUGGCUGCUCACGCGCGCGCCUACCUGCCCGGUCUGCCGCGCCCCCGUCGUCGCGCGCGUCGAGGAGGGGGCGGACGCCAAGGACCAUUGCGGCGACGGCGAGAGCGGCGAGAGGCGCGGCGGCGGCAUUGGCUUCCUGCCCGUCGCCGGCGGGUCCCGUGUGCUUCCUGCAAUUUUGCCAUGA